AUGGCUGCAGCGUACGGAAUACAUUUAGGAAACAGUUCGGCUGCUUUGGCUUCUUUCUCUAACGGAGCGCCGUUGAUUAUUGCUAAUGACGCUGGAGACAGAGUUACGCCUGCUAUUGUUGCCCUGAAUGGGACCGAAUGGGAAAUUGGGUUGCCUGCUAAAUCUGGACAACCAUCUUCUAAAUCGAUCAUAAAACACAACAAACGCCUCAUGAACAAUGACUUCAACGCUGAUGAUCUCGCGUACGUUGAAACAUCCUCAUCAUGCCGCAUUCAAAACGAAGACAAAGUGGUUUAUGAGUUUGAAACUAGUGAAACUACUCUAUAUUCCAGCCCUGAUAACAUAGCUACUAAAAUUUACGCAAAAUUGUUUACUAUUGCUAGCCACGCUAUGAGCAACGAAGGAGAUUUGAAGUUAGUAUUGGCCGCGCCGUUGCAUUGGUCAACUGAAAGCACAGAAAGGCUUGUUAAGUGUGCUGAACUUGCUGGUUUUGAUGUUCUACAAGUUAUCAGCGAACCAGCGGCGGCUCUGCUUGCCUAUAACAUAGAGGAAUCUGUAGAAGAUGUCAAUGUAUUAGUCUAUAGACUGGGUGGCUCCUCAUGUGAUGUCUCUGUAGUGAAAGUGUCAGGAGGUUUUAUGACAGUUGAGAAAAAUAUCUACCGAUCUGAUUUAGGUGGUCAGUGCCUGACAAAAGAUUUAGCGGAUUACAUUGCCCAAGAGUUCAGACAAAAAUGGAAGUUGGACCCACAAGAAAGUAGAAGAGCCAUGGCAAAGCUGCUUAUCCAUGCUGAUAACUGCAAACAUGUUCUGUCCACCCUUAACUCAGCACAUGUGUUUAUUGAAUCACUUUUAGAUGGUGUGGAUUGGAGCCAAAAUGUAUCACGUGCCAGAUUUGAAAAUGUAAUUUCAUCCAAAAUAAGUGCAUACAUGGAACCAGCUCAGCAAGUGAUUGAGAGCUUUAAUGGAACAAUCCACAAAAUUGUUAUUUGUGGUGGAAGUAUGAAGAUACCAAAACUUCAGUCUGCAAUUGCCAAUUUGAUACCUGAAGCUGAGGUACUUUCUGGGAUAAGUCCAGAUGAAGUUAUUGCCGCGGGCUGUGCUCGUGAGGCUGGUUUGUUGUCAGAUAUCCCUGAAUUCUCUCUAAACGACUUGAACACAGAAGUCGAAUUCUUAGGAAAAGAUAUCUAUCUGAAGUAUUUGGAUCAAACAGUACAACUGUUCAAAGAAGGAACACCACCUUAUGCACAGUUUGUUCAAAAUAUUGAUGCUGGCAGUGAAACUAAAAUCAGUUUUUCUUUGCAUGAAGGUCCUGAAAGCGAAGAAUUUGCCACAGAGACCUUUGAUGUAGAAAGUUUAAAUAAACCAUUUACAUUAAAAGCAACAUUACAGCAGUCUAAUGUCCUAUUACAGGUGGAAUAA